GUUGAGGAUACUCGACUCCGCUUCCGGUUCGACGAAGACGUAGUUAUGAAUGGAGUCGAAUAAUGUUUCAUACCACUCAAAUACACAUGUGAGGGUUUACCUUCGUUGUCUUUCUGUCAUCUAACGCAAUGCAGUUCCAUUUGCCAUCGUUAACUUUUACGACGCUUGACUGCCAGCUGGCUGUGCGAACAUAAAAACUUCGUAAGAUAAUGUUGUCAUUGAGUCGGAGGUGUGUUCGGUGUUUGACAGCGGUCAGACACACGCGGGUGAAACUCCAGGUAAACACUGACGUCAGAAGAUGCUGCUCCGCGGUUCAGGGUGAAGUGAGGGUCCGGUUUGCCCCAAGUCCGACAGGUUUCUUACACCUUGGAGGCCUCCGGACUGCUCUAUACAAUUACAUUUUUGCCAAAAAGUAUGCUGGCUCUUUCGUCCUGCGCCUGGAGGACACUGAUCAGAGCAGACUGGUCCCAGGAGCUGCAGAGUCUAUAGAAGACAUGCUGGAGUGGGCUGGUAUACCUCCAGAUGAGAGCCCUCGUCAAGGUGGGUCUGCUGGUCCAUACCUGCAGUCUCAGAGACUUGACCUCUACAGACAGACGGCCCAAAAGCUUGUGGAGAGUGGACAUGCCUACUACUGUUUCUGCAGCCCGCAGAGACUUGACCUGCUGAAAAAAGAGGCCUUAAGGAGCGGACAGACACCAAGGUAUGACAACAGGUGUCGUCAUCUUAAGGCCCAGCAGGUCCAGGAGAAACUGGAUGAAGGAGUUGCACAUGUGAUCCGGUUUCGUCUGGCAGAAGGUGUGGAGCCCUUCCAGGAUAUGGUCUUUGGUUGGACUCAUCAUGAGGUGGCCCAGGUGGAGGGGGACCCUGUAGUGAUAAAAGCGGAUGGUUUUCCCACCUAUCACCUCGCCAACAUAGUAGAUGAUCAUUACAUGAGUAUCAGUCAUGUGCUGCGGGGCUCUGAGUGGCUCAUUUCCACCUCCAAACAUCUUCUCAUGUACGGCGCUCUUGGGUGGAAGCCGCCCACAUUCGGACAUCUGCCGCUUUUGAUGAACAAAGACGGAAGUAAACUGUCCAAAAGGCAGGGGGAUAUAUUCAUUCAGAGCUUCCAGAGAGAUGGAAUCCUGCCAGAAGCCCUGCUGGACAUCACAACCAACUGUGGAUCUGGAUUCAACAACAAUCACAUGGGGCGGACGAUAGAUGAACUCAUCUCUGAGUUUAAUCCCUCAAAGAUUACGACACAUUCUGCUCUGUUGGACCUUGACAAACUGCCAGAGUUCAACAGAAUCCACCUGAAACAGUGUAUUGAAGACGAGGCGCAGUGCUGUUUGCUGAUUAAAGAUCUGCAGGAGCAGAUUCAACGUGCCUUCGCAGCAGACAUCCAGGAUAAAGAAGUACUGCAUGAGGAUUACAUUAGACGGGUACUGCAUCUCCGUAAGGGUCACAUAUCCUUCACAAAGGAACUUGUAAGUCCCUCAUACGCCUACCUGUGGGUCCGUCCUUCCUUCUCCAGCCAACAGGUGGCAGCACUUACUACAGAAGCUCAGCACAUUGCUUCAUUAGUGCUGAAAUUAAUAUCUGAGAGAGGCGAGGAGCUGGCUGUGGAUCGACUCAAUAAAGAUCUAAAAACUGUGGCUAAACAAACCAGAGCCACAAAUUACAGAGAAGUGAUGAAGCUGAUCCGCCUGACUCUCAGUGGUCUGCAGCAGGGGCCCAGUGUAGCGGAGAUGAUGGUGUCUUUGGGGCCUACCGAGAUCAGCCAUCGAUUGCACAAACUACUUUUGCUUUCAGAGACUGGUUAGAGACGAGACGAUCUGUCACUUCAAAGACUGAUUCAGAGAAGAGGCUGCUUGGUCCUGUUUGUUUUGAGAUGUGUAUGAGGGGAACAUUUCAGAAAGAACUGUAUAUAACUUUAAAAAUAAAACUUGAAUUAUAGCAGAUGUUUUAUAAAGUAAA